AUGUUCCUCUUCCGGCUACUUCAAAACACCGCGAGAAGUACCACUCGUAUCCGUCCGACACCUACGACAUCAAUAGCAUCCUCAAAACGAGGUCCCCGACUCAUAACACCCCGCCAUCACUCAUCAUCGUCAUCAUCAUCAUCAUCACCACCACCAAAAGACAUCGUCUACGAAGACAUCUUCCUCUCCCAUCUACGAAUUCCUCAAGCUUCAAGCCUCGCCCGGAAUUACUACUGCGAUCUCGUCGGCCCCCGUCCCAGAGCCUACAACGACUACAUGGAUCAACAAUCCCAAGAUCGCGCUGCGUCUGCAGCUGUAGCUGCUGCCGAACCUGCUGCUGCUCCGCCAGCAGUAGUAGAACCCACAUCUACAUCUACAUCCACACCAGCCAUGGAAUCAGCAGAAACACCAACCGAAGACACAGACCGAAAACGUCGUGCCUCCUCAGCAUCUUCAACAUCCUCCCGUCCCGACAAAAAGCUAAAAAACAUGACUCGUGGCGAAUUCCGUCGAACCAUGAAACAAGACUGGAAGGAACGGAAAGCUAUAAAAGACAGGACAGGCGUCGAUCCAGCUCUAGAGGACGGAAAAGACAAAAAGAGUAAAUGGAAAAAAGGUUCUAGAAGACCAAUUGAAGAAGGUCCAAGACUGGGGAAAGAAUUGGCCGAAGGUGAAGAGAAAGAGGAAAGAAGACCGAAGAAAAAAGUCGCUGUUUUGAUCGGAUAUUGCGGUACUGGAUAUAAAGGCAUGCAAUUAAAUCCACCUACAAAAACAAUAGAAGGCGACCUCUUCGCCGCCUUCGUAGCCGCCGGCGCAAUCUCAAAAGCCAACUCCGACGACCCCAAAAAGUCCUCUCUAGUCCGUUGCGCUAGAACCGACAAAGGCGUCCACGCAGCCGGAAACGUCAUCUCUCUAAAACUAAUCAUCGAAUCCCCCACCGUUAUAGAAGACAUAAACGCCCAAUUGGUCCCUCAAAUUAGAGUCUGGGAUAUAAUCCCCACUACAAAUGGAUUCUCGUGUUAUCAAUUCUGCGAUUCUAGGGUAUACGAAUACCUCGUCCCUACAUACUGUUUCCUACCCCCGCAUCCGACAAGCUAUAUGUCUAAACGAGUCGCGAAGGUAGCGGAGGAAGAAAACGAUUUGGAAGCAUGGAGGGAAAGAUAUGAAGAUUCUCUGGGAUUCUGGCAGAAGGUCGCCGAUGAAGUCAAGGCCGAACUCGAGAAACAGGGUUUCUCGGAAGAAGUAAUCCAACAGGUCUUGAACUCCAAGGCCGAGGACGCGGAAGAACAACUACAAAACCUCGUAAACGAAAUAACAGACAUAAAAUCCUCUAAUACUUCUGAAAAACGAGAAACAUCAGUAGUAGAACUCGAAGAUGGCGGUGUGGUAGAACUCACCCCGAUGGACAUCACCCCAGAUGAACCGACCUCCUCCACAGCUGAACAAGAGCAAGAACAAGAAACCUCCACAUCCGCCGCUGCACACAAAUACUCAAAAGCCCUCUCCACCGCCCGCAAAAUCCAAAAACAAAUAAUCGCCCGCUCAAAACGUUCCUUCAGAAUCCCUUCUGCCCGUCUAGAACGCAUCCGAAAAGCCUUCGAACUCUACGAAGGAAACCACAGUUUCCACAACUUCACAAUCCAAAAGACAUUCAGAGACGCCAGUGCUAAGAGGUAUAUCAAAACCUUCAAAGUCAGCGACCCAAUCAUAAUCGAUGAUUCCGAAUGGCUUAGUCUCAAGGUCCAUGGCCAAUCGUUCAUGAUGCAUCAGAUCAGAAAGAUGGUCGGAAUGGUCAUGUUGACGAUAAGAUAUGGAUGUCCAAUCGAAAGGAUUACAGAGGCCUACGGAAGACUGGUCAUACCUAUUCCCAAGGCCCCGGCGUUGGGAUUACUACUCGACCAUCCGCUGUUUGAAACCUACAACAAGAAGGCAGAUCAAUGUAAUAGAAGCCAUCUUUCUUUCGAAGCUCAUAAAGAAAAGAUUCAAGAAUUCAAACAGAAGAAUAUCUACGAUAAACUCUUCAUGGAGGAACAGAAGAUGAAUACUUUCAACGCCUUCCUCUCCUUCAUAGACAACUUUGAAACUCCAGAAUUCGAAUAUCUAACCUCCAAGGGCAUGAAAUCCGUCCAGGAGGUUCAUCUUCGCAAAACCCAAGGCCAAAGUAACAAAAAACAGUCCAAAGAUGAGCAACUAACUGCUCUGAUAGAAUCUGAGGAUGAAGAUAACGUGGAUAGUUAA